CUUUCAGUCAACUUUUACCAUGUUGUCAAUUAAAAGUGUGGUUCCUGCUUUUUGUCUCCUGCUCAUUAUCAGUAGUAGUGAAUUGGUGUUUGCUGCUGCCCUAGAUAUUAAGCAAGUUGGUAUCAUUGGCGGUCAAAAUGCUAGUGCAGGACAGAUUCCCUAUCACGUUUGUUUGCAAAUGAAUGGCUUUGUAGGCGGGUGCCGAUGUAGCGGUUCCUUGAUCACAGAGACACUUGUCCUUACCGCUGCCCACUGCCUUCAGGGGGAAGCCGUCACCAAGUUUAAGGUUAUUGCUGGUGUCAUUGACUUAAACGAGGCUAACAAUGGACAAACUUUUGAUGCUAAAAAAUUCAUCAUUCAUCCAAGAUUUAACAUGGAGACAUUGGAUUACGAUAUUGCAUUGCUUCGCCUAAGUAAACCAGCUUUAUUGAAUGCGAAUGUCCAAACGAUUGCCAUGGUUGCUGCCGAUUACAAGUAUCCAGAAGGUGCGGAAGCACUUACCAGCGGAUUCGGUGAAAUCAACCCAAAUGGCGAUACGCAAAGUCAUCUAAAAUUCGCACAUAUUGAACUAUGGGGUCCAAAAAUUUGCACUUUCAAGUAUUUUCCUGAAAUAACGGAACGUAUGAUUUGCGCAGGGGAUCCGCUUGGACAAAAGGGUCCAUGCAGAGGUGAUUCCGGUGGCCCUUUAACUAUCAAUGGCACUCUUUUUGCGGUCUAUUCAUUUGGAUUUGGGUGUGGCAUACCAUUUUAUCCGUCCGUCUUUUCAUAUGUGCCUCGCUUUCGUCAGUGGAUAGAUGCAAAUAUGUCGAUCUAGGUUUACAAACUAUAUAUAUUUAUUUUUAUCUUAGUUUAUAAUGAUUACAUUUGAUGAUGUUAAAUAGAAACCAGCUAUGUACAUUUGUCUA